CAUUUCUACUACACGGCUUGUUCUCAUCUCCAUGGCUAUCAUCUCCAUCCUCUUCAUCUCGCUUCUCCUUUUCAUUUCACCCGCCGCCUCACGCCACCGUCGAAUCCAUCCGCCUUCCAGAAAAGAUGAUCCAUCUUCAUCUGAUCUCAUCCGUCAAGCUUGUAAGGCUACCAGGUAUCCCCAACUAUGCCAAUCUUCACUCACCAACUCUCCCAAGCCAAAUCCCAUGGAGAUCAUUCAAUCGGCGUUGUCCGUCUCCUCCCACAACCUCCGUGCUGCUCAGUCCAUGGCGCAAUCGAUUCUGAAAGCGGCCGCUGGGAAUCCAAACCAAACCAACGCCGCUAACAACUGCAUCCAACAUCUUCGCAACUCGGAGUACCGUCUCAAAUCGACGGCUGAUGCGUUGCCACGUGGCAUGAUGAAGGAUGGUCGUGCUUGGACCGGCGCCGGAUUAGCCUACCAGUACGAUUGUUGGUCGGCACUCAAGUACGUGAACACUUCGAGUAUGAUCAACGAGACGAUGUCGUUUCUGAACACAUUGAUUGAUCACACCAGCAACGCUUUGAGCUUGAUGAUGGCUUACGAUUUGUAUGGCGAUCAAAUCUCGUCGUGGGUCCCGCCGAAGACCGAGAGAGACGGGUUCUGGGAGGCUGGUGGGUCGGGCGGCGGCGGAGGAGGACCACAAUUGGGGGUUCCGACGGGGUUGAAAGCUGAUGUGACGGUGUGUAAAGGUGGGGGAUGUGAUCACGCGACGGUGCAGGAGGCGGUGAAUGCAGCGCCGGACUGGGGUUACGGACGGCGGUUCGUGAUUUGGGUAAAGGCCGGUGUUUAUGAGGAAACGGUUCGGGUCGGGUUAGAAAAGCAGAAUGUGGUGGUUCUGGGAGAUGGAAUGGGUAAAACAGUAAUUACGGGGUCCUUGAACGUGGGCCCACCAGGGAUUUCGACAUAUAACACAGCUACAUUCGGGGUGGUCGGGGACGGAUUCAUGGCAAGUGGUUUAACCUUCGAGAACACGGCUGGGCCCGACGCCCACCAAGCCGUGGCCUUUGUCUCCGAUAGCGACCAAUCCAUUAUCGAAAACUGCGAGUUUCUGGGCAACCAAGACACCCUUUACGCCCACACUCUUCGCCAGUUCUACAAAUCGUGCCGCAUCGAAGGCAACGUUGAUUUCAUAUUCGGAAACUCCGCUUCCAUCUUCCAAGACUGCACCAUCCUCGUCCGGCCUCGCCAACUCAAGCCCGAAAAGGGCGAGAACAAUGCCGUCACCGCUCACGGACGGAUCGAUCCUGCACAACCCACGGGAUUCGUGUUCCAAAAUUGUUUAGUGAAUGGAACCGAAGAGUAUAUGAGGUUAUAUUAUAGCAACCCUAAAGUCCACAAGAAUUAUUUGGGACGGCCGUGGAAGGAGUUCUCGAGGACGGUUUUCAUCGAUUGCCAAAUGGAGGCGUUGGUGACGGCGCAGGGGUGGAUGCCGUGGGCGGGGGAUUUUGCGUUGACGACGCUUUAUUAUGGAGAGUUUGGGAACAGUGGGAAAGGGUCGGAUUUGUCGGGACGGGUGGCGUGGAGUAGCCGGAUUCCGACCGAGCAUGUGAACGUGUAUUCGGUCGGAAACUUCAUCCAAGGUGAUCAAUGGAAGGUUUCAUCUUCUUGAUUGAACUAACAUACUUCCAUUUCUGGUUAGUCUUUUUUGUAACUUUAAAUAAAACUAACUAAAAAUGGUUAGCUAAUUAUUUGUAUUUAUAAUAGAGUUAAGAAACACAAAAGGAGAACAGAACUUUUAUCAACCGUUGGAUUUAAAAAAGUAGAUUGAUCGUAUUCGAAUGUGACGUUUCCUGUAAUCAUGGAUUUAGUUUUGCAAAAUGGUUCACAAACGUUGGAUGAAAAUAGAUGGAUGGUUCCCCUUUUCUUAC